AUGGUGCGCGACGCAAGCAUGAAGCGCAAGGCGACCCCUGCCGCUGCUACCCCGCCUGCGACUGCAACGGGAAAGAAGGUGCGUGUGGCCGCGCCUGUCAAGAAGGUCGUCAAGGCCGAAAAAGCGCCCGUCGCCGACAAGCCCAAGGCGGCCAAGGAGGCGCCGGCCAAGGCCAAGGAGGCGCCGGCCAAGGCCAAGGUCGCCAAGGCGCCUGCCACGACCAAGACCCCGAUCAAGGCGCCGGUGAAGAAAGUGAAGGAGGUCGUCAAAGCUCCGAAGGCCGUUCCUGCGACCAAGUCGGCCAAGGCGACCCAGGCCGCGCAGCCCAAGGCCACCGAGGCCACGCAGCCCAAGGCUGCCACGGCCGCGCCCAAGCUCAAGAGCGCGCUGGCCAAGGGCGGUGCCAAGCCCAGCAAGGUACUGCGUAUCCACGAGGUGCCCGCCUCGACGGACGCCGACAUUGCCAAAAAGAUGCGUGCGACCGCUGCCGACGAGGACGAGGACGAGGACGAGACGCUCGAGGGCUUCCCCGAUGAGGACGACGAGAUCGACUCAGAGGAGGAGGACGAGGAGGACGAUGCUUUGGCGACGCGUGCGCUGCCCACGUCCGGUGAGGUGAUGCGCCUCCCCAGCAGCCGUGAUGAUGCGGUGGUGCGCCAGCGCCUCGAGCAGGCCAAGCGCCGCCACGCGCAGAGCGCCGAGAAAGAGGACACCGGCAUUGUGUACGUCGGCCGUCUCCCCCACGGCUUCUUUGAAGACCAGCUCAAGGCGUACUUUUCGCAGUUUGGCGAUAUCCGCCGCCUGCGUCUGUCGCGCAACAAAAAGACGGGCCACUCGAAGCACUAUGGCUUUGUCGAGUUCCUGAGCAAGGAGGUUGCCGAGAUUGUCGUCGAGACGAUGAACAACUACUUGCUGGACGGCCACCUGCUGCAGAUGGCCCUGAUCCCCAACGACCAGGUCGACCCCAACCUGUGGAUCGGCGCCAACCGCAAGUUCCGCAAGGUGCCGACGGACCGCGUGGAGCGUGUGCGCCGCUCGCGCCCCCGCACCGAGGAGGAGCGCCAGCGCGUGAAUAGCAAGCUGCUCCAACGCCAGACCAAGCGGCGUGCACAGCUAAAGAGUGCGGGGAUCGACUACGACUUCCCAGGAUACCAAGCGUGA